AUGAGUUUCGCCCCUACGCGGUCACUACCCAACGAGGUAAACGAGCCUUUGCCAACGCUGCAAUCCGAGGAAUCAGGGGAGGCGACAUAUGUUCAUCCUGAUGCCCGUGCUCUUUUUAACAAGGUACCAUGCCUUCGCCGUCUCCCAAUGUUUGGUACAGCUGCAGAAGGUUAUGGUCCUAAAGCUGUGAUGUCCAUCAGUUUGUCGUAUUUCCUAUGCAAAGGCUUGUCUGACUACUUGGUUCGAGACUCUCUUCUGGCCAUGUUUACCCAGCGUUUUGGAGUGGAUGUUUCCGUUUACCAACGUUUAAGCAACGUCGCGAACAUGGGAUGGUCCGUUAAGCCCUUGACCGCAGUGGUUAGUGAUAUCUUCCCCUUAUUUGGUUACAGUAAGCGGUGGUAUAUGUUCAUUUCAUGCCUCAUAGGCCCAUUACUAUCCCUUGGCUUUGGCUUGUUACCAGGCAAAGAAUCAAGUGCAGCCAUAGGUGCUGCACUAGUUUUCCUUUGCUGUUUCACUAAAGCCAAUGUGGACAUCCUUGCUGAGGGUCAUUACAGUCGCAUGAUGCGCCGGGUCCCAGCUCCAGGUCCAGCUCUUGUAAGUUGGAUUUGGUGGUUCAUCAUCGCUGGGUCUUUCGUUUCAUCUUCUGUCGUUGGUCCUUUGGGCGACGCAAAGAUCCCUCAAGUGGCUUCGUUCAUUGCGAGUGUUGUGCAGAUAUUGGUAUUGCCUUUCUUCAUUUUCAACUGGUUUGGUGAACUUCCAAACCGCGAGGAGCGCUACGGUGAUGCCCUACUUCUUUACAAAAAGGAACGUGAGGAGAGGGAGAAGAAGUGCGACCCAUUUUCUGAUUCUCUAACACAGCCAGAUAGGGCCAUAAACAGCGAGUCUAACCCAUUAUCCACAGAGGGGCCUGAUGCAGCGGGGCUCGUUCCGUAUGAGGGUGGGGCACCCACGGGUGACGGAGACUUAAGCUCAUUUCACUUUCAGGAGCCAGGUUCUUGCUGUUGUGGUGUGUUUGAGUACAACAAGGAAGUCGUCGAACGUAACGGUCGCGCCACAGUUUACAGCAUUCUCAUUGGUUUGUUUGUACUGGUUGUGGCUGUAACUUCCGUUUUAGGUUCAACGACCUACCUAACUGUGGUAGCUAUUGUGGUUUCCUUGUUGCACUGCAGUUUCAAUUUCUACGCUUUUCCGUUGAUCAUUGCGAAGGCUAACCUCUUCGGUUACUUGCAGAGGGCCACAUCAGUAAGCUUCCCCGGUGCACUUUCAAACUUCUUUAUCGCUGAAGCCGAUUGUCUCGCAGAUGGCCCGCACUUCAGCUUUGCCUUCUAUCAGACUGUUGGAGGCAUUAUCAGCUGCGCCGCAUCGAUAGUUGGCAUCAUGCUGUUCAACUACAUUUUUUCGAAACGCACGUACCGAAUGACCUACUUGUCGACACUUUCCCUCGGCAUUUUUUCAAGUAUCUUCGAUCUUGUACUUGUUAUGAGGUGGAACCGGCCGCACGUUAGUGAUCACGCGCUGUACAUCAUGGGUGAUGCCAUUAUAUCUCCCGUGAUUUCCAUGUUGAAUUGGAUGCCUCAAAUUGUCCUACUUUCGCGGUUGUGUCCUAGGGGAAGUGAAAGCACAGUGUAUUCCAUUCUUGCCGCCUCCAGCAACUUGGGUGCUUCCAUGGGAAGUGUCGUUGGGUCAGUUGUCAUGGAGUAUGCCUUGCCCGUGUCAUCAAAAUUGCCUUGCAACUUUGAAAAUCUGAAGUGGCUCGUCGUGAUUGCAGGUUUCUUGGCACCGCUGCUUCAGAUACCAAUGGUUUUCACUCUCCUUCCACGUGCGCGCAUGUGCGACGAUCUUGACGUAGACAAUGCAACAGCCAAGAAAAAGUCAGAGAUUCAGAAAGAAGUUGCUGAAGUGCAGGAGAGCGGUAGUACUUAA